AUGCAGCUUUCCAAAUUCCCACACUGCCGUGCACACUGCCAGCAGCACGCGGCUGCCCUGGCUCUUGCUCGCCCUUCAGGUCGUGACUGGCGCCCCUGGCCAGCCGACCUGCGUUUUCCUGACCGUCCCGAGGCCGAGGGUGAAGAGACAGUCCAGAUCCUGGAAGGGGACAACUUCCCACUGAUGGAGAUCAACACUUGCGAGACCGAGCCCACUGAGCAGUGGGACUAUGUCCUGGUGGCCGAUCAUCGAACCCAGAGAAACCCCAAGCAGGUGCAUCAGCAGCGGCAGUUCCUGGGGGAGCUCGGGAGGAAGGGCUUCCAUUUCAAGGUGAUAGAGGAUCAGAAACAAGUGUUCUUUGGGAUCCGAGCCGACAACACGAUCUUCGAUCUCUACCGCACCCUCCUCAUGGAGCCCGAGGGUCCUGCCCCCAGAGCUGAGCUGGCCAGGCCAGCCCCCAUCCCAGCCACCACAAGAAUCCGAAUCGUGAACUUCAUCCUGAACUGCAAGACAGCAGCUGGUGAGACAUUCGAGGAUUUGGUAAAGGACCGGGUCUUUGAGACCAGGUUCCCGCUGCACAAGGGGGAGGAAGACCUGAAGACGGGAUGGGCCCAGUGGAGAAAAAUGUUCUGCAAGCAACCGAUUGACAAUAUCAGGGACUACUUUGGUGAGAAGGUGGCUCUGUACUUCGCCUGGCUGGGCUGGUACACCUACAUGCUGGCACCCGCUGCCCUGGUGGGACUUGUCGUCUUUCUGAGUGGGUUCUCUCUGUUUGAGGCCAGCCAGAUCAGCAAGGAGAUCUGCGAGGCCCACGACAUCCUCAUGUGUCCUCUUGGCGACCACAGCCGCAGGUACCAGCGGCUCUCGGAUACCUGCACUUUUGCCAAGCUCACCCACCUCUUCGACAACGAGGGCACGGUGCUGUUUGCCAUCUUCAUGGCUCUGUGGGCCACGGUGUUCCUGGAGAUCUGGAAGAGGAAGCGAGCCCGCGUGGUCCUGCACUGGGACCUGUACGGGUGGGACGAGGAACAGGAGGAAAUGGCGCUUGAGCUCAUUAACUGCUCUGACUACAAGCUGCGGCCGCACCAGCACUCCUUCCUGCGCAGCACUGUCAUCCUCGUCCUGUCUCUGUUCAUGAUCUGCCUCAUGAUCGGCAUGGCGCACGUCCUGGUGGUCUACCGGGUCCUGGCUGCUGCCCUCUUCAGCAGCUUGGCCUUGCCCUUCCUGGAGGAGCAGGUGACCACGGCCGUGGUGGUGACUGGGGCCCUGGUGCAGUAUGUGACCAUCGUCAUCAUGACCAAGAUCAACAAGCGUGUGGCCCUGAAGCUUUGUGACUUUGAGAAGCCCAGGACCUUCUCAGAGCGAGAGAGAAAGUUCACGGUCAAGUUCUUCACGCUGCAGUUCUUUGCCCACUUCUCCUCUCUCGUGUACAUCGCCUUCAUCCUGGGCAGGAUCAACGGUCACCCUGGAAAGUCCACGCGCCUGGCCGGCUUGUGGAGGCUGGAGGAGUGCCACCUCAGCGGCUGCAUGAUGGACCUGUUCGUGCAGAUGGCCAUUAUCAUGGGUCUGAAGCAAACGCUCAGCAACUGCGUGGAGUACCUGGGCCCGUGGCUGGCCCACAAGUGCCGCUCCGUGGCGGCCUCUGCACGCAGCCGCAUGUCGCGGGACCCCGAGCUCCGGGAAUGGCAGCGCGACUACCUCCUGAACGCGGUCACCCCCUUCAGCCUGUUCGAUGAGUUCAUGGAGAUGAUGAUGCAGUACGGCUUCACCACCAUCUUCGUGGCCGCCUUCCCGCUGGCCCCACUGCUUGCGCUCUUCAGCAACCUCGUGGAGAUCCGCCUGGACGCCAUCAAGAUGGUUCGGCUGCAGCGGCGCCUGGUGCCACGCAAGGCCAAGGACAUGGGGACCUGGCUGCAGGUGCUGGAGACCAUUGGUGUGCUGGCAGUCAUUGCCAAUGGGAUGGUCAUCGCCUUCACAUCUGAGUUCAUCCCCCGAGUGGUCUACAAGUACCGCUAUGGCCCAUGCCGACGUGGGGCCCACCCUCGAAUCGACUGCCUCACGGGCUACAUCAACCACAGUCUGUCCAUCUUCUACACCAAGGACUUCCAGGACCCUGUCAGGAUUGAAGGCUCGGAAAAUGUGACGGAGUGCAGGUACCGCGACUACCGCAACGCCCAUGACUACAACUUGUCUGAGCAGUUCUGGUUCCUUCUGGCCAUUCGCCUGGCCUUCGUCAUCCUCUUUGAGCACGUGGCCCUGUGCAUCAAGCUCGUUGCUGCCUGGUUCGUGCCUGACGUCCCUCAGUCGGUGAAGAACAGGGUCCUGGAGGAGAAGUACCAGAGGCUCCGGGACAAGAUGUGCUUCAGCACCAAGAGCACAGAUGUGUAGGGGACCCAGAGCCGGUCGAGAGGCGCUGGUGACCAGGAGAAGAGACUCAGAGCUG